AUUAACUCUUCCACUUAUUAAAAAUUGGGUAUCAUAUUUGUCUUCAUCCUUAUAAAUCUAUCUAUAUUAUUAUCUACAUAAUAUGUCCAAUAAGAAUAUCUCGAUGAGAGUUUUCAUUAGUUACUAGUUUCUCUCAAAAAUUUUGCAUGUAAGUAUUCCCUCUAUAUAUAAUUUUAUAUCGUGUAUAGUGAGAAUAUACGGAAAAAAAAAACUCUAUAAUUAAAUCAUUGCUUUAUCAACCAUUAGCAGUUCUAACACUACACUCAAUGUUAAGGCCAAUAGGUUCGCGCGUGGUUGCAGCAAGACAUCUACAUGCAACCAAACAAACACUUCAAUCAGCAAAUCGGUUUUCGUUCUUGAAGCCACAAGCUAACACAGUCAGUAGUAGCGAUGAUGCAAUCCCUGAACAGAGUCUGGGACAGUUAAACGGAAACCGAUUUGCACAAAAGUUCAAUAGUAACGGAAGAAAUGAGAGAAUUAAUGGAAAUGAUAGAACUAAAAGAAAUGAAACAAACCAGAGAUCUUUCCGCUGGAAUUCAGACAGAGAUCCUGGUAGAGACAGAAACAAUUGGAAACUUAGAACAUCUAACUUCAAUGAGAGUAGGCCCAGACAAAGAAGAGAGAUGUUUCAACUAACUACAGGAUCCGAAUUUUCUCAGAGUGCAUUGAAAGAUUUGAUUCGUAAAGUAGAAGAACUUGAAACCAAGUACGUUGUCAAUUAUUUGAAUCCAGAUCUGAAUCAAAUCCAAGAGAAACAUCUAGAAGAAAUCACCAAUAAACUUAAUUUAGAAGAAGAAGGAUUAUUAUUGAUUGUCAAGGAGAAUGACCUCCCAUUAGUAAGACAUAUAAAGGUUGUAGAUAUGGUCAAAUCAUAUAGUGAAGAAUUAGCUCAGAAGAAACAGCAAGAAUUACUUGAAUCAGGUAAUUCAGCAGCAUUAAGAGCUGCUCAUCAAAGAAUGAAGCAGGAACACAAGAAGUCGGCGGAAAAGAGUGUUACCUUAUAUUUCAGUAUUAGUGUUAGUGAUUUAGUGAAUCAAAAGAAACGAGAAAUGACAAAGUUUAUUGAAAGUGGAACAAAGUUCAUUAUCUACUUAACCAUGAAAAGGCCAUACUUCUCUAGUAAAAAAUCAUCGACAGAAGUUGACAGUGAAAGUGGUUCAAAAACAUAUGAUAUUCGAAAUGCUGCCAAAUUCCGUGAUGACACAGGUGAAGUUGAUGAAGACUUGUUCGAUAUUGAAUUGGCUAAACGACAAUUAAUCUUGGAUAAUUUGGUGAAAGUCUUAGAUGAAUUUGGCUGUACUUACAACAUAGAAGGAGCCAUUCAUAAUCGAAUGAAAAUUGAUGUGACUCCAAAGGAAGUACCCAAGGAAGCACAACAGAGACCACAAGCACUGUCAUCUAAAAAAGUUAAGGAGAAGAAAGAAAAGAGAUCAAAAGAACCAGCCAAGACCAAGAAAUCAGAAGAGGACUUGGAUGCACUCUAUCUGUUCAAGAUUGAGGAUUAAUGUACAUAAACUUGUAAAUAGGAUUAUAUAUAUAUAUAUUAGU